AUGGUGCUUACUAUGGGUCUCUUACAGCCCUACGGCCUCCCCCCCGUUACACUACUUGGCACCAGGGAGGAUUGGAUCAGCCCUCGAAACAGGCUGGAUGACUUGAAAGAUUUGGACUACCCCGAGUCCGAAGAAACUAAGUCAUUCUGGGCCCAGAUCGUCGUCGGCGGCGCCACAGGGAAUGCGGGACAACCAAGGAUGGUGAACCGUAUCCCUAUCAGCUAUGCCAAGGUGCCAUUCGAUCUCGGUUCUUCUCUCGCAUUGGCGUGUCGAAGCAACGACGGUACUUGUUUCCUCGGAACUACCCCUGUGCCGCCUGCCGCACCCACGAUGUUACGUGCUUGGACGGACCAAGCUGUUCUUUCGUUCUUCUAG